AUGGUGCUUCGGUCCUGCAAGAACCCGGACCUCCUCCACUACAGCCAACCAAUCUCCAAGGUCUUGUGCUAUUUUCAUCCAUCUUCAAACGCCCAGUCGCCUCAGAUCAUCCUUCAGGCAUCUGAUCCGAGGGCGUCCUCUCCUUCUUUUGCCAUCCGGCUUCUCAUAGAGCAUCCUCUUUGCCAUUCUUUCCACAUGAUCUAUCCAUCUUAUCCGGAUUCUUUUUAUCAAUACCACAAUAUAUAUAGCUCUUAUAUCUCCAGAACCUGCUACGAAUGGAUUUGUUGA